AUGGAGCCUUCCAGCAAGAAGCGGAGGCUCGCUCCCAAACUUGCCGAAAAACCACUCCACGAGCAGUCUCCGCAGAUGCGAUACGAUCACAAGGCUAUGCCACCUGUCCAGGAUGCCGCGCCUCCUCCGGAGCGCACCGACUUCGAGUCCUUUGCUCGGCAUCUGCAAGAUGCCGCGAUGCUCAUUUAUGCUCAGGCCAAUCGAUCCCCAUAUACAAGCGUCUCGGUUCUCCUCCUGCGAUGGGAGGAUGACAUGAGCGUCGAACCAGAUCUGAUGUUGCUACAGAAGGUCUUUCGCGAGCGCUUCAACUACCGAACCGAAACAUGGAGCAUACCGAGCUGUCCCAACCCGAGUGUUAAACUCACAAUGGCCAUGGCACAACACAUUGAAUAUGCUCGUCAGGAUCACCUCUUAAUCGUGUAUUAUGCUGGCCAUAGUUUUAUUGGCUCUGAUCAUAACUUAUACUGGGCUUGCACCCCUCGUGAAGAUUCUUCCAGACUCAAGUGGGAGGGCGUAAGGUGUCUCUUAGAAGACGCACAGUCUGAUAUACUGCUCUUGCUUGACACUUGUGCUGUUGCGGAUGCGCCAACCGCUGGAAAUCAUGGCGUUAAACAAGUCAUCGCUGCAUACACUCCAGAUCAGGUUGCACGGGAUCCGGGAUCCCGUUCUUUCACUGCAAACUUGGUGGAAGCAAUCAACAAACUCGGAAGUGGUCGUCCUUUUAGUAUACAGCGCCUUCACGAGGAGAUAAUAUCACAGAAACACAACAAGCUCGUAAUGCAACAGGCAUCUGUUACCAAUGGCACCGGAAAGGCCCCGUCAACCCAUGAGAGAAUGCCUGUUUGCUUUUCAUUGACACCAGGCAGUCUUCAAAGCAUUACUCUCUCCCCGCUAGGUUUGCAACCGGCGGGAGGAUCGCACAUUGCCUCGCCAACGGGUUCGCCCGACAAUGAAGGACAAGCUCCACGAAAUAAUCCAGACAAUCAGCUUGGCCUAAAAGUCAGCUCAAAUUCAGAUCUCACAUUCGAAGAGAUGAGAGCAUUGGUGUGCACAACGUUCCUCGGCGAGCCGAGUCAAGACAUGACUUCCUUCAAACAGUGGCUCCACAACACCCCAAUGGCCGCCUCCAAAAUAUGUGUAGAAGGCAUGUUCCAUGGCCCACCAACUGUUCUUCUCGUGUCGAUGCCCAUAGCUGUUUGGAAUGUAGUUGCUGCUGAUCGUACCUGCGCUUUUUUGGGUUACGUUAAUUCUCAUAAUAUGGCAACGGAGUAUCAACAUCUAAUUGGAGGCAUCUCGCCCAUUGGCAAAGCGGCAACCUUUAAAGAGUUGGAAGAUGGAAAGAUUCUUCUUGAAGCACGUGAAGCAGCUUCCUCGACGCCAGUCAUGUUGCGUCAUGACUCAGCGAGGCUUCAAGAUUCCUUGCACCAAGAGCCCAUCCGGCAAGACUCACUAAGACAAGACUCGAGGACAAUUGGCACUCCGAGUAUAGCAUCCCAGGUCCUCUUCCAAGAGCCGGAAACCCCGGCUAUUCCUGGCCACAAAGGCAAUGUUGAGGACUCCGUCGAAAUGCAUGAGGCUGCUGAGCAGCUCAAAGCCCUUAGCCAUGUUCGACAUGUUAGCCAUGAUAACCCAGCCAAUGACCGAAAUCAUUCUCACAUACCGCCAGAGGAUUCGCCUGGAUUAAGGAGUACCCGAGAAGAAUCUGCGUCAUCUCAAGAUCAGGGGGAUUCUGGCGCUGAAGAACAGAUGUACCCCUCAGAAUUUAACUCUCCAGCUUCACGACCAAAGCCACGCCGAUCGAUACAGAAGCAAGGACCAAAGCAAGAUACCCGAUGUUCUUUAUGCAGCCAUGCGCCUUUUAAAGACUCAUCAUCUCUCCGCAAACAUAUUGCUGCUGCCCACACGCGACCAUUCCCCUGUGCUUUCUCAUUCGCAGGCUGCACUAGCACAUUCGGCUCGAAGAACGAGUGGAAACGGCAUAUUGCCUCGCAACAUCUCUGCCUAACCUAUUAUCGAUGUUCUUCAUGCCCUCAGAGCACUGUUGAAGGCAAGGGCAACGAGUUCAACCGGAAAGAUCUCUUCACUCAACAUCUCCGCCGUAUGCAUGCCCCAUUCGCCAUAAAAAAGGCCAUUGCAAAGGGCGAUAGUAAACUUCAGCUAGAAUGGGAAGCGCACGUUAAGGAGAUGCAGGGUUCAUGCCUGGUAAUUAGGCGCCAGCCGCCGCAACGUUCUGCAUGCCCCCGGCCUGAUUGUGCCAACAUUUUUGAAGGGGCAGGAAGCUGGGAUGAUUGGACGGAACAUGUCGGUCGGCAUAUGGAGAAGGGUGAAGCUGGUCGACUAGGUGUUGACAGAUUACUUGCGAGGUGGGCGCUAGAGCAAGGUAUUAUUGAAAGGAAGGAGGAUGGUGAGUACCGACUCAUUGGAACCGAAAGGGAAGGGGCCGUGGGUGGCUAUUAUUCUGACGGCAAUGGUGGAGCAAAGAAGGAAUUGGAUGAGAGGGGCGACAGUGAGAUGAUUCUUGAUGGUUAA